GUAGUCGCGUGGACGUGGUUGAGGGAGUGUGUACGUCACUCCGCCUAUCCUCGACCUGACAGAAACUGUCUACUAACCAACAAAACCGUGUUUAGCACGACUUACACUCCACCUGUGUACAUAAAACUAGCAAUAUACAGAGAUAAUGCAUACGUAUUUUUUGUGAGAAACUUUGGUAGUGAAAUGUGGACUGAGUGGAAAGAUGCAUUGGUAUAAAGCAAUGGUAUUGUGAAAUUGAUCUGCAGUAUGGGAAGGUAAGCCGGAUGCUCGCCUUAGACAGUUUUGUGAAGAAAAACAUGGAAAAACGUUUAGAGUAGACAUCAACGUGAUCCACCGCCCGAAAAAAAAAUCUUUGGGCUCCCUUCCUUCACAACUCCAGACAUUUAUGUUCCAGAGCCAAACACUACAUCAACACCACCGGACACUACAUUCAUAACACCAGACACUACAUUCAUAAUACCGAACACUACGUUCACAACACCAGGCAAUACGUUCACAACGCCAGGCAAUACGUUCACAACACCAGGCAAUACGUUCACAACACCGCAGCAACACCAGACACGAUCGCCACAACACCAGAUACGACCACCACAACACCAAACACCACAACCCCAACACCAGAUACGACCACCUUAACACCAGACACGACCACAACAGCUGACAAGACCAUCACAACACCAGACAGGACCACAGCAACACCAGGCACAACCACCACAACAAAAGACACUGCCACCACGACAUCAGACACAACUGCCACAACGCCAGACAGGACCACCGCAACACCAGACACGAUCACAACACCUGACACGACCACCACAACAGCAGACACGACCACUGCACCACCAAGCACAACCACCACAACACCAGACACGACCACCACAACCACCGGACACGACUACUACAACACCAGACACGACCACCAACACCUGACAAGGCCACCACGACACCUGACACGACCACCACAACAUCAGACACGACCACUGCAACACCAGACACGACCACCACAACACCAACACGAUCACCACAACACCGGACACGACUACCACAACACCAGACACGACCACAACACCUGACAAGGCCACCACGACACCUGACACGACCCCCACAACAUCAAAACACGACCACUGCAACACCAGACACGACCACCACAACACUAGACACGACCACCACAACACCCAACACUACCUCACACUACCACCUCAACGCACACGAAAAACAUACAUAGCCCAAAGAUAACUGAGUACUCAGUCAAAAAAUACGUGAAGUCAGUGACACAUUAUUGCCAACCCGGAAGAUAAACACUGAAAUCUGUCAAGAAAACAUUGUUAGUAACUUGGAAGAUACACAAUCAAUUCAUCAUAGAAACAAUUUACGAAGAUGGAGAAUAUCUGCGUGGAGUGAUUAAAGAGCGUUCAAACGAUGGACUACAGGAAUGCCUCUCCCAUAUUCUUACAGGAGAGGCUGAAGGACACACCAGCAACCUCGUGGAAUAGCUCUCCAAGUCUAGUUGUCACAGACCUACGUUCUUCAACGCCCUUAUUUCAAAACAUUCAGUGUUCCCCUUGAUGCUCCCAGUAAUCUUACGCUCUCAUUAACGCACUCGAGCUGAAAUAAGAUGAACGUCUAGUGAAGGCAUUAUAUACUUUGAGGUUCGUGUAUUUUAGAGGAAAUAUUUACCUUAGAGUCUUUCUAUAUACGGAAGAAGAACAUUAAUCAACGUUCAGUGACUAGAAGAAUUCGCAAUUAUCAUAAAAUAGAAACGAAAAGUGGAAGACGUUUCGGUCCGUCCUGACCCAUUAAUACAAUAUUGUAAUUUUUAAUAUAUAAUAUGAGAAGUUACUUUAAUAAGCUUAUUAGCCGGAUAACGACAUAGUAGAAUACAGCAAUGUUGAACAAUGUUAUAAAUAUUGAGGUGAUAUUUGUUAUAAGAACAAUGAGUGUCUCACUAGAAAGAUCUUUAAGACUGAAAACAUGACAGACAUCCCGCACAGCAAGAGUCACAAGGAGCACACGGGGAUACACACGAGGUCGGAGAGUGGCGGCACCUCGUCAAGAUGGUGACGGAGGUAGUGUGGUUUUUACUCAUGAUAUUACUGUGUCGGACGGAAGCUGCGAAGAAGUUACCAUCGGGGAAGAUAGUGACCUCCAUCACCCGUCACUACCAGGGUGACGUCUACACACUCUCAGGCGUGGGCGGGUGUGGGUGUGGUGAGGGAGGAGGCGUGGCGACGGUAGGGCCAGGAGAGGCGUGUCAGUGCCAGUGUGUCCCCAACACGCCCACCUUCAGAGAUGACGCUGCCCAAUGUGUCUCCACUCUACAUGAAUGUUCCCUGGCGGACUUCGUCAGCAGCUCUGGCUCAGAGAAGAUUCCUUACGUGUACAUGCCGCUCAAACACCAACUGGUCCACCCAACAGCCGAAGUCGCACUUUUGGGACUGGCGCACGGGGGAUCACCCCUCAUGUCACCUGUGUGUGUGGUGACGAAGGGAAGUAUCCUCACCCAGGACGGCUGGGAGAACAUGGCCAACACCUCAACCUUCGAGCCUCCGUUCAGACUGUUCCGGGACGGCGGGCGGACGUACGUGCAGUGGGUGGGAGAGGAAGUAGCAAGAGUGUCGGCGGAGGGUCGUCUGGUGCUGGUUACUCUCAUCUGCCGGGACGCUGCCCAGCCCAACACUCCAGUCUUCCGUCCCUGCCUCGCCUUCAGGGUUGCAGGUAGUCCUGGAGUCUCUGAGGCGGCUCUGUUCGCUCCUGUUCGUACAGGAAGUAGCGAUGAAGGACUCUCCUCAGGGGAAGGAAUUAUCAUCGGACUGGUGGUGACCUGCCUCGCUAUCAUGUACGUGGUCGGCAUGACCAUCUACAUCAAGCUCAAGCGAAGGAAGAAAAGAGAAAGAAACUUGGCUAAGCUGUCUGAGGAAGGCUUGAGAAAAUCUAAAGGUCACAGAGGAAGAGAUAAGCGACCUCCUCACCCCACGCCCAAGCCAUCCCUUGUGUCUUCCAGCGACGAACUCGAUGAGGACAUUGAAGACCUCUCCUACGCUUCCAGGACUCGUAGGGCCGAGAGGGAGAAGGCUCACGUCAGCUUCACCACAGUAGUGGUUCACAACACAGGGACCAGAAGCUGCAGCAAUUAUGGGUCAGUUGGCCACGACGUCUCUGAUGGUAUAGAGAGAGCUCCCAGGUCCCCUCUGGCGGUAGUGGAGACACUCGGUGAUGCUGGGCCAAGCGACAGCGGUGCGCGGGCCUUGGCAGUUUUAAGCCCUGAGGAAGGCACGGAAGCUGUCACGGGAGACGUGCAAGAAGCUCAAGCCAAGAGGAAACUCUACUUCAACCCGGCUUACUUCGAGCCUGAAAUGCUGCAGUCUCCACCACCUGCCGCUCUGGAAUUUCUCACUCGUAUCAGAGAGAUGAUCAAUAUCGCUAAGAGUAAGAUGAAGUCCAAGACUUAUCAACCAAGUCUCGGCGACAUUCCAGAGGAGGACUCAGAAGGACAAUCACGUCCAAUAAGCCGAGCUACUGGAAGGUCAAGUAGGAUAACCCUCCCAGCAGAUGACCUCGAGAAACACGAUGAGGGAGGCAUCAACCAGGGUGAUGUCAACACCCAAAGCGACUCGCUAGAGCAUUCACGUGAUAGUGAUAGCCGCAGUUCCACCCUCAGGAGACUUGCCAGGCGUGUCAACAGCCACGGUGAAAGCUUCGUUAGCGAAAUCAUCAAAACACUAGACUUAAAGCCUAAACUGCCAAUUCCUGACAAUGGUAUUUACAAUGCACAUUCCCAGAAGGCUCCAGCCCCCAAGCCCCCACCGCCCAAGCCAGUUAAUGCUCGAAAUGAUUCCCCGGUGGAGGCGGAAGAGGACUUCCCAGAACUGAUCAAACCAUCGAUGCUGAGGAGUGUUUUAAGGGACGGUAAGAGACUGACAGAACUGAACAACACUUUCGAGAACUUCAGGCAGGAAAUGAUGGCAACAUUCCACAGGAUGAAGAAAGUUGGCGAAGCUAUAUCUCCCAUGUCAACUCUUAGUAGAACAAAAAACAAAAACAAAUCAUCUCCAGCAAACACACUUGAAAAGAGGAAGUCUGAGUUUAGCAACAAUGAAGGUAAAGUGCAUAAGUGGUUACAGACUCUGGAGAACAAAAAUUCUUAUACCAGAAUGUCUGAAAAUCAAAAUGUCAUAUUCGAUUCUAAGACAGCAAUGUCAGAUGAUAUUCCACCACCAUUACCUGAGAAAUACACCAAGCCACCAACACCGCCUAGGAAACACAGAGCACUCGCAUGUCGAAGCGUCUCAUUCAACGAAAUGAAGGAACCUUCCUCAGUUCUCUCUUCGGUUGGUAAUACAAGCUGCAAGAAUAGCAAUGAUGGAAGAACCAGACAAACAUCAGGUAAGGUCCAAGUGACCAGAUCAUUGUCAUGGCAGAGUGAGCACCGCCAUUACGACUCAAACCCUAGACAACCCAGCCAACAAGCUUCUGCAGUCCCCGAAGAGGGCCUCAACACAUCUUUUGGAUCUGAAGAUGACUCUCUUAAUGAUCUGCUCAGCGAGGCAGAAUCAAAAGUACCUAAGAUGACUCAUAGCGAUUCAGAUAGCACAUAUUCAGACACUAGAUCUAGAUAUAAAGAUUCUUUAGAACCCGGAAUCGAUGACAACGAGAUGAAUUCAAAAUCUCUGUCAAGGCAACUGCCUCGAGAAGAAGAAAUAACUGCUAGAAAUGAAGUAUUUAAUAAGAAAACUGGAACAAAGACAAUGUCUUGCCUGAUAAAGAAUAGCGAGAGUCCCUACGAGAGAGCAAGAGAUGGAGAGAAUACCAAUGAUAAUCACACAUAUGAGGAAAUACAUUUUCCUGCUGGUGGGAAGCACAGACAGAAAAGGAAAGCUCCACAGAGGCCAAGUGAAAACAAUUCUAAAGUAAGUGAAAUCCAAAGUGCUGAGAGAAAGGGAAGUAAUGAAGAGGACAAUUUCUGCAGCAUUUACAGCAACCCUGAUUCACUUGCCAGUGAGGUGACAAUAGAGAAGAGCAACAGUCCCAUAUAUUCCGGCUGUAAAGUCACUAUACCUGUGGUAAACAACAUGGGUCUCGACCACCAGGAAACCACUGCAGGAUUUGAUCAAGAUACACUGGAAAAAAGAGGCAAAAAAGUUGAUCGCAAUGGCAGUUUCAUACAAGACUCUUUAGAAAGACCAAAGACUAAAAAGCGCAACAACAAUAAGAAUGAAAAUACUGAUGGAACUAAAACACAAAGAAAAAUGUGUCUUCCCAGCGAAACAUUUCAAAAUCCUGACAAAAGUCUGCUAGACAUCUAUGAGUCACGUAGUAGUACUCGCAGCUUAAGAAGUUCGAGAAAUGAAUCUCCUGAGAGAACUUGCUCUCCUGUUAGAGUUUCCAAUCCUCCAUCACCAAUCAAAAUCGGUUCAUUCUACCUUAAUAAUAUUAGCAGCAGUAUGAAUAGCACUAACAACAUUAUUGGUAACAAUAAUGAUACACAGAAAAAGUACAUAACUUUCAAGGAUUAUCAAGAAAUGCGCUUCCAGCAAGGUUCAUUUGAUUCCGAUAUUAGCAGCAGUCCGCUUCCAGUCACUGGUACCAGCAUUAAUUUCAACUUCUGUAGCUCGAGUCCUUUAAAUAAAGACCAAAAGGACAUAAGACCCCCGCUACCCCCUAAGCAGACACGCACUCAUGAGACCACGGGUAACUCCUCUCCAAAUUUACCUCCCAAAAGCCGAAAUAUUCCUCCACCUCUACCUCUAAAGGCAAACAAAAAGUCUGAUUUCCCGGUUUCUGAAACUGAUCGUCCAAAACUUCCUGAAAAAUCACGCAAAAAGUCCACCAGAGAUAUUCCUCUUUCGCCAUCCCCAAGCGGGAGUUCAAUUCCAGAACUGACAGAAGAGGAAGCUCGCUCCAUCCUUCACGGACUCCUUGCUCACACGGUACAAGAUCCUCACAGGCUCUCACCUCUGCACGAAGAAGAUGAUAUUGAGAAUAAUUUUUUAGGGGUAGGGAACACUGCCGCAGACUCUGAUUCUCGGGCAAGUGUUCCCUGCCUCGAUGCAUACUCCUCGGGUUCCCUAGAAACACCUAUUUCUUCGUCGUCGUCUUCUCCUAGAUGUGAUAUAAUUGAGCAAGAAAGAAAGGCCGUCGGUGAAGGUAUGGACACCAAUUUAUACCUAAAAAAUCUGAAUAUAGAGGAGAGAUUGGAUGACCCAGGAUCUCCCGGAAGUGACGCCCGGGUAAGUGGCCAGUUUAUACUUUCAACAAUUGGUCGUUCACUCUCACUGCGUCGGCAACCAUCUCUCAAUAGAGAGCAAACUAACGGGUUCUUAGCAAAGCUGAGAAACAUUAAUGACGUCAACACUGACAAUGAAGCCGUAUCUAAAGGAAUGGAGGUUGCAUUGGCUCUGAAUGCUAAAUCCGAUCUAGAGCAGCAUUUUAAGGAUAAAAGCGGCGCUGAUAGCAUUAAACGAACAUGGAGGAAAAUAAUAGAAAAAGUCGAUGACUCUAAGGAAGAAAAUGAUAAAAUUUCUAUCAUGAAGUUUCAACAAUACAUGGUGAGCCUAGACCGGAAGGAGAGGGAGAAAAAACUCAAGCAGGAAGACUCGGGAUACCACAGUACCGACUCCAGCGAGUCAGCCAACAGUCGCACCAGUCAAACCUCUGUGUUGUCGACGGCCAUCUCGUCAGCCUCCACCUCGGUUCCAUCACUGACACCUGGACUUACAGGCAAGCAUCAGCCACGGCAUAACAACAGUCUGAACAGACCACAUUUUUUACAACGUUCUACAUCCAUGUAUCAGUUGAACUCAUUUGUCUCGCCCGAACCAUCUUCAUGCUACUGGUCGGGGAGUUUCCAGCGGGCAAGUCUUCGGGCUUCGCUUAGUCGUCGGUUCAACCAGGCAGAAACAUCAGGUGGCCUCUCUGUUUAUAUCAACAACUGCUUUACACCUGAUGACGAUGUACAUGUCAGUUUUCCCCUGUGAUACCACAUUAAAUAUUUACUAACAACGAGUUAAAUUUCUGUACAGUAUAUUAAACUCUCUUCCCUUAGGCUGUAACACAGUUGUUGCAGGACGAAGUAAUACAAUACUAACAAGUAUAAAGACGAAGGUACAAGUUACAGAACAAGCCUUGACGGGUACAGUGUUCUGCUCUGUAAUGUGUUAAUUGUAACCUCUGUAUGAUAAAGCUCUACACAGAGCGAAGAUUGAAAGCAAAGAUUGAAAGGUGAUUUAAUACACUAAUUAAGAAUAAAAGUCAACAACAGUCUUUAUUAUUAUUAUUAUUAUUAUUAUCAUUAUUGCAUUCAAAGGAAACGCUAAAACCAUAGGGGGUCUGCCUGGCAAGCAAUCUAUUUUAGUUUAUGGAAGGAGAGAUAAGAUAUAAUUCCUUGGAUCAAGAGCCCCUCACCAGCUCCAAGGAGCCUUCUUUAAGGGGAAUAUAAUAUCAGACAUGAUAUAUAACACUGAUUUACAACUAUAGCUAUGAUAGGUACACUGUUGUGAGCCUACUAUUACAAGCUCACAAUUUCAGUCAAACGAAUCGAAAUAUUUUCCCGCAAAUGUGAGUAAUACCAUUUAUAUAUUUAAAAUAUGCUGGACAAAUACUUUCCCUCUCAUUCGUGACAUUCAAUUUUUACGCCUUAAAACAUUCCAUGAUCUGCUAGGCUAUCAAAUUUUUGAAAAAAAACUUCAUGUUACAGAAAGUCUGUCACGGGUCUGAAAGUGACCAAGUUGGUAAUUUUAUGAUACUGUAAAAUUAACAAAAGGAAAUCACAUUAACUUCGUCUGUAAAUAACCAAAAUGUAAUAUUUUUUUUAAUUAGAUUAGGUUCACGCCCUGGUGUUUCAAGAAAAAGGCCGAAUUUGAAUUACUAGUCUGAUUUCAAAUUUACUUCUCUGAAUAUGCAGGAAUAGUAUACAGUAACUACAAGAACAAUUAGACAAGUGCAACAUUUGGGUAUCUUUGAAGAUUGAGACACUUAUGCAGCAUAUGGAAAUCUUUAUUCAGGAAACGUUUCGCCACACAGUGGCUUCACUUCAUCACAUUUGGGUAUCUUUAUUUAUAGACGUUUCGCCAUCUCUGAAUUUGUUUUGAUAAAGUCACUGGAUGGAGAAACGUAUACACAUAAAAAUACCCAGAUGUUGCACCUGUGUCUAGUUCAUCAGCUUCUCUGAAUCAACACUGAUUACCUCCUCUUCCCCCACCCACUGUGUAAUCCCUACGGAUUUAUCGCUUCCCGGUGAAAAUAAUAACAAUGAUAAUAGUAAUAAUAAUCUAUGUAAUGUAAGAGGCCCAAGACUAAGUGAUAUGUUGUCACACACAACCCAUACUUAGACUCACCUGUGGUGAUGUGUACCACUGAUGUUCCUUCCUGACUUACUGCUCCUCAUGGCUCUCUCUUCGAGGUAAAAAAAAUAAAGCUACCUUCCUCUUUCUUGGAUCAAAUCUGAUAACUUCCCAGUGUUUCCGAGCGUUACAUGACACUUACGGGUUUAGUGCUUUCCCAUGAACGUAAUGCAAAUUCUACCGAUGCUCUGACGCACCCACCGAACCUCGGCAAAAUUCUGCUUUAAUUUGCCCAUAAUAAUGUUCAAUAUUGAACGUGUUUAUUUUUCACAUAACUCACUCGUAAGACAUUUACUGUAACUUUAUGAAGUUAAGAAAUGUGAGAAUUAACUUUCAUAUUUUUAGCUUGGUAAAUAUUUUAUAAGUUUUCUUUUUUUUUUCUUUUAUUCUUUGAACUGCAGUGUAAAACAGAGGCGACUUUUUUAAUAGAUGACGUUUUACAUUAAAUAUACAGUGUUUGACAUUAAACAGAGAGUGUUUUACAUUAAAAGACUUUUCCUCACUAAAUAAACGACUUUACAUUAAACAGAUGACACCUCCUUCUAAUUACUACUAUUCCUGCACAAUAAACAGUUCUUUCCACUAAACAAAUCGAUUGUGUCCCACUAAACAGACAAUUCUUUCCACUAAACAGACGACAAUUUGGACUAAAGAGUUUUAUCACCUUUGUGACUAUUUUCAUGCGAGUUAUUUUGUAGAAUUUUCAUAACUUGAAUUUCUGUAGUCAGUACCGUGGAUAAUUCAUCCCUUAGUGCUUUGGUCUGUUGUUGCUUCAGUCAUUGUCUUGGUCUGUUGUUGCUUCAGUCAUUGUCUUGG